UGUCUGUCAAGUGUCUCACAGUCCACUGAAUUUUAAAAUGAAGUUUUUCAUUCUGGCAACUUUGGCGUCCGUUGUGGUCUCGUCUGCUCUAUACGUGAAACCAACGACUUACUCACCUUCCGGUUGGUCAUCCAAUCAAUCGCCAACAUCCGUCGAAUCCAGCAGCCCAAUGCCUUUCAGCUUCAACUACGAAGUCAAGGUAGAUGACUACACCAGUUUUGGCGAUACAAGAGUAUCGGACGAACAGGGUCACGUAUCCGGUUCUUACCACGUCCAACUUCCCGACGGCCGCCACCAGCACGUCAACUACAAGGAUGAAGGAAACGGUUACAUGGCCGAUGUCCAGUACAAUCACAAUCCUGAAUUCAGUGCUUCUAGCGUGGUGGAAUACAAGGAAAAAAUGGACAGUGGGUUGGUAAAAGAACACAGGAAAUCUCCGAAGAAAAAUUCGUCAAAACAUUCUGGAAAAUGUACAAACAAGGCGAAUUGCUAUGAGGAAUCGUCUGACGAGAAGCCUAUCAAAGAACAAAUUUACAUCAAGCCGGUCAGUGAUAGCCCAGUGGCUCUUUUCUACCACCAGAUACCGAGCAUUACAAGUCCUCUAUCCUACAAGGAGCCCAUCUAUUUCAAUCCUGCUUCGUACGCGGCUCCAUUAAUCAAAGGAGACGGCAGCAAGACGGCGGCUCAGCAUGUUUCCAUUACAACGGAAUUUUCAGCUGACGACGUUGUCUUCACUUACGCGCCGGAAGAAUACGGCUUUUGGCAGGUUAUGUAUACUACUCCGAAAUACUUGAAGCCAGCAGUGUCAACCACCGAGAAGCCCUCCUAUGUCACCACUACAACCCGUAGUGCUCCUAAGUCUCCUUCAUCUCACAAAACACCUACUUCUACCCCGGCAAUUCCUUAUUACACAACUACCGUUUCCACCACCACCACCACUAAAACUCCUACUACUAAAGCGUACAAGGCUCCUUAUCCAGCCACAACCUCAGCUUACAAAAAAUUAGUUUCCACUACACUCGCUUAUAACCGCCCAGCUUCCAAAAAUCCUGCUGUCACAAAGAAGCCCAGUAACACUAUUACCCCUCCACCACACAAGAAUCCAGUCACUUAUAAAGCUACUACUACACCGGUCUACAAGACUCCUUCCGCCACUAAAACGUACAGGAUUCCAGUUUCCACUACACCGGCAUACAGGAUUCCAGUUUCCACUACACCGGCAUACAGGAUUCCAGUUUCUACUACACCGGCAUACAGGAUUCCAGUUUCUACUACACCGGCAUACAGGAUUCCAGUUUCUACUACACCGGCAUACAGGAUUCCAGUUUCUACUAUACCGGCAUACAGGAUUCCAGUUUCUACUACACCGGCAUAUAGGAUUCCAGUUUCUACUACACCGGCAUAUAGGAUUCCGGUUUCUACUACACCGGCAUACAGAAAACCGGUUUCUGGUAACGUUGCUCCCAAGAAACCCUUGAAUCCCAAUCCUGCCUACAAAAUUCUGGUUUCAACUACUCCGGCAUACAAGAACCGAUACUACACCACCAAGCGCAACAAAGUGGCUUCCGACAAGGCCGUUUCCAAAAAGCCUUUUGCAGUCUACAAGCCGGCCUCCAAUAAAAUUCCCAUCAAGGCAGUCGAUCCUUACGUCAUUGCCCCUUCGUACAACACAGGUAAAACCGUUUAUGCAGUCCCGUCAAACGUCAAUAACAUUCCUCCGUACACCGCCAUUUUAUACAAGCCGAACAAACAGGUAACGCAAAUUAAGUACUAGGCAUCUAUAAAUGAGACAUCUCUUUCAAUGUUCUUUUCUUUUAUGGCCAACUAUUAUAUUGGUGGCCAAUAUUCUUAAAUCUUUAUUGGCCAACAAAUAUUGUUGUCUUGCAUGCCGAAUGUUACAGUGUGUACAGUCUUACCGUUUACGCAAUACAG